AAGUGUCAAGAUGUCUCGCCCGGAAUCCGAAAAAGAUAAUUCUGAGCUUGAAAACGGAGAGUCGCCAUUCGACCGUCUGACUGAUAAAAUUCUGGAAAAAAUCUUCGGUUACUUCGAACCAGCCGAGAUAAUUGAAAACUUAGUCCUGGUCUGCGAACGAUGGCGCACCAUCAUCGAGGCUAUGAAAAAGUGCGUUUCAUUCAACGACUGCGAGGCCCGGGCCAUACUUCAAUUCAUUUGCAGAUUCCCGGACACCCUUAAGUCAAUACGUUUGAACAACGUAUUCGGGAGUAUUGCGGUCAUCCUUAAAAAGCUACGUCGCAAACAAAAGUAUCUGAAGCAGAUUCAUAUCGAUUCCUGUCAAAUUGUUCCGAACAAGAAUCCUUAUGUGGCCGGCAGGCGUUUGAGGAAUUUCAUUGAAGUAUGCAGAUAUCUGGAGAAGUUGAGCCUGAAAAAUGUGGAAUACCGCGUCGAUGAUUUGUUGGAUGCAUUCCCUUUUCUGGAGAAUUUAAGGGCGCUUGCCAUUGGCAACAAUCCUUGGCUGCAACCAGUCGACGUUAUCACAAUUAUCAUGAACUGCACAAAUCUGCGGAGUAUAACGCUCUAUCACAUCGAUAGCAUGCGGGACCAGGAUAUGAAAUUCCUUUUGUGCAACAAGAGAUUAAAUGAAAAUUUGCAGGAACUUUCAUUGGAUCAAGUCACGGAACUGACAUCAAUAGCAUAUCAGUACAUUCUCAAUUGCAAGAAUUUGAAAAAAUUGCACAUAAAUUAUAGCACAGGAUUUUCCGCUGACACUUUAAUGGAAAUUCCGAUAAAACUUUCGUCGCUUAGGUCGUUCAACAUUGAACGGGCCUGUCGGAUAAGCUGCGGGAAUUUAUGUGAAUUUUUCAAGGAUCGUGCAUUGAAACUCCACGAAUUCGGAUUAACAGAUUGCUGUUGUCGCUUCCAGGACGAUUGCCUGAGCGUUUUGCUUGCAUAUCAAUGCCGCCAUUUAGUACAUCUGGCACUACGAAAUUGUUUACAUUUGAAGAACGUUUCCGAAAUUUUCGAAAAAUGCAAAUUUCUGCGCACAUUAGAUCUGAGUGGCUGCGAGACAUUGGAAUCAGAAAUGAAUAUGAAAACGGAGUCAUGCAUGAAUUUGAUCAAGGUUACGUUGCCGAAUCAUCUGAGCGAGGCGCAUCAGCGAAUAACCAAAAGUGAUUCAAUCAAAUUGGAAUUUCAGGAAAUUGGUGAUUAUCAGGAGGCGAUUGAUAUUGAGAGCGUAUCCUUUGUCUAGGGAGGCGGUGGAGCUUGGCAGAUGUGAACAUUUUCAAAAAUCGUUUUGUAGUUAAUGCGAUAUAGCAAAUAUUUAAUUCAUCGGCCUGACACUUUGGAAUAGAUUGAAAAGUAAUUUUGAAACGAAAC